ACCGGACCCCGCAGGAACGGCGAGUCUUUGCGCGCUGAGCUACACGCAGGACAGGAUGCCGUCUGUCGAAUAUGACGAUUCCAAGCCGAGCUGGGCUGAUCAGGUGGAAGAGGAGGGCGAUGAAGGAACCCUUCCUUCACCCAAAGAAACAAUCAAAGGCAACAUUAAAACUGUGACGGAGUACAAGAUGGAUGAGGAGGGCAGGAAGUUUAAGAUUGUCCGCACCUUUAAAAUUGAGACCAGGAAGGCCUCCAAAGCAGUGGCCAGGAGAAAGAACUGGAAGAAGUUUGGCAACUCUGAGUUCGACCCGCCGGGUCCCAACGUGGCCACCACCACGGUCAGCGACGAUGUCUUUAUGACCUUCAUUUCCAGCAAAGAGGAUCUGAACGCUCAGGACCAGGAGGAGGACCCCAUGAACAAGCUGAAAGGGCAGAAGAUCGUCUCCUGCCGCAUCUGUAAGGGGGACCACUGGACCACGCGCUGCCCCUACAAGGACACGCUGGGCCCCAUGCAGAAGGAGUUGGCCGAGCAGCUGGGCCUGUCCACCGGGGACAAGGAGAAGACAGCAGAACCGGAGCCGGCCCAGCCAGUGCAGAACAAGACCGGGAAGUAUGUUCCCCCGAGCCUGAGGGAUGGAGGCACGAGACGAGGGGAGUCCAUGCAGCCCAACCGCAGAGCUGAUGAUAACGCUACGAUCCGCGUGACGAACCUGUCGGAGGACACACGUGAGACAGACUUGCAGGAGCUCUUCCGGCCCUUCGGCUCCAUCUCCAGGAUCUACCUGGCCAAGGACAAGAACACCGGCCAGUCUAAGGGCUUUGCCUUCAUCAGUUUCCAUCGCCGAGAGGACGCAGCGAGAGCCAUCGCCGGAGUGUCCGGGUUCGGCUACGAUCACCUCAUCCUCAACGUGGAGUGGGCCAAACCUUCAAACAAUUAAGCAAAAUUCCACUGAAAUAUUCCAAGAGGAGAACAGAAGUGGUUUCUUCAGUGAAAAUGUAAUUGGUGUCUUAAUAAAGU